AUGCCCUCGACGCACAAGAAAGAUAAACCGUGGGACACGGAUGAUAUAGACAAGUGGAAGGUUGAAGAAUUCAAGCCGGAACACAAUGUCGGCGGUACAUUCGCAGAAGAAUCGUCUUUCGUGUGUCUAUUCCCAAAAUACCGGGAAUUGUACUUAAAGCAGGCCUGGCCCUUGGUCACGAAAGCAUUGGAGAAGAGAGGAAUCGCAUGCACACUCGAUUUGGUCGAAGGUCGCAUGGAAGUCCGUACCACCAGGAAAACCUUUGACCCGGCCGCAAUUCUCGAUGCCCGAGACCUCAUCAAGUUGCUGGCCCGGAGUGUACCUGCUCCGCAAGCCAUAAAGAUCCUCCAGGACGACAUGGCCUGCGAUGUCAUCAAAAUCAGAAAUCUGGUCCGCAACAAGGAGAGAUUCGUCAAACGCCGUCAGCGCCUUCUUGGACCGAAUGGCUCUACACUGAAGGCUCUCGAACUCCUCACCAAUACUUACCUCCUCGUCCAGGGAAACACCGUCAGCGCUAUGGGCGGCUACAAAGGUCUUAAAGAAGUGAGAAGAGUUGUUGAAGAUUGCAUGAACAACAUCCAUCCUAUAUACCAUGUCAAAGAACUUAUGAUCAAGCGGGAGCUGUCGAAAGACCCUGCUCUGAAGAAUGAAAGCUGGGAUAGGUUCUUACCCAACUUCAAGAAGAAGACUCUGAGCAAGAGACGGAUUCCCCACAAGGUCACUGACAAAUCCAAGAAGGUCUACACACCCUUCCCGCCACCGCAGGAGAAGAGCAAAAUUGAUCUGCAGAUCGAGAGCGGUGAAUAUUUUCUUGCUAAGCAGGCCAAAGAGAGGGCCCGAGAACAGGAACGGCACGAAAAGCAGAGAGAAAAGAAGGAAGAGAAGCAACGGCAGCGAGAACAGGCAUUCAUUGCCCCAAAAGAAGACAUGUUGCAGGAAAAGCCAAAGAGGAAGAGCACGGACGAGGAAGACAGCCGCCUAACAAAGAAAUCAAAAAAGACAUAA